AAUGAUACAGUAAAAUAUUUUAUCAAAAUUAACUUAUAAGUAUCAAAAUGAAAAUAAAAAAAAGUUUAUAAGCACAAUUUAUAAGUUCAAAAAUUAUUAUAAAUAAAAAGGUUAACCUCUUUUUAAUGCACGUAAACUGAUUUGAUCAAUUUAUAACUAAGAUAAGAAAGUCGAUCUAUUUUAUUAUUUUAGCAGACUAUGUUCUUUAUCAAUAACUGAACUAAUAACCAUAUUAAAUCUAACUACAGGACCAUAUCAAGUCCAAAAAUGGAAAUCAAAUAUAUAUAGAUAAAGUUUUUCUAUGUAAAUAGUUUGGACUCUGUACUUGGGCAUCAACAAUUGGAGUUCAUCAGGCCUUGGAAUCUCAACCGAUCACAAAUGGGCAGGCCUGAAACCUGUCAGAUUGAUAGAAAGUCGCAGCAAUCGGCUCCUCAGCCCGCAGAAGUUGCACCACAAACUUGGCAUCAAGUUCAGGAUAAUAUUCAACCUGGGAUUCUUCAUCAAGGUUAUUCCACUACAGCUCCUGUGGUGCUUGGAAAUAACAUGGUUCUUGGACAUCCUUGGACAACAGGAUUAUUCGACUGUCAUGAAUAUCAAACAAAUGCUAUUAUGACAGCAUUUUUCCCUUGUGUAACAUUUGGGCAGAUUGUAGAAGUAUUGGAUGAGAGAGAGUUGACUUGUCCUUUGGGGAGUUUUAUUUACGUGAUAAUGAUGCCUACCCUGUGCUUUCAAUGGAUUAUGGGUUCCAAGUACAGAGCAAAAUUGUUGAGGAUUUACAAUCUGGUGGAAGCUCCUUACACUGAUGUCAUCUCUCACUUCUUCUGCCCAUUUUGUUCCCUUUGUCAAGAGUUUAGAGAGCUGAGAAACAGAGGACUUGAUCCUGCUCUGGGAUGGAAUGGGAUACUCGCUCAACGACAAGGAAGACAGUAUCAUAAUGUACAAGUAAAUGUUCCUCCCCAAGAUCAAGUAAUGUCUAGGUGAAUUUGUAAUCUCUAUUCAUAAAACUCCAUUCAUAUAUAAAUAUUUUUAUAUUUUAAUAAAAUUAUAAUAAAAAAAUUAUUUAA